CGAAUAAAAUUCACACUCACAGGUAUACGGGUUUUACAGUCUAAAGAGGUAUCUUCUCUUGGAUAUGUGGUAUAUGGUAAUUUAACUAAAUUGCCAGUUUUAUCGUCGAUAGUAGGUUACUUGUAUUACUUGGAUAAUUGGACUAUUUCCCAGCAUAAUAUUUGAGUUUCCAUAUUUGCCAUGGACAAUUUUAAACUUUCGUGGAACGGCAUGUUUCACUUGUGGCCGAUAAGUUACUAACUGUCACAAAAUGGCACCAUGGCCUGAGCAAGGCACCGAAACAAAAACUCCUGAUAAGGAGGAAAAAGGUGAUGUAGGCAAUACCAUCUACACAGUAGAAAACGAAGAAUCUUCAGAAAAUAGUCUGGCGUGUCGUUCAGAACAGACUCCUAAACAAAUUGAGGAAAAAGAAGUCCUAACACUGGAUGAAGGUCAGUUAAGAGCCCUUCUAGACGAAGCAAUUACGUAUAAAAAUCCUAAAGAUCGAGAAGGAAAAAGUGAGCUAUUUAAGGAGCUACUACAAGAAGCAGAGGCUGAUGAAAGUAAUAGCAAGGGGCUUGGAAGCUCCUUGAGUGCAAAACUACCUCGAAGUUACAAUCUUCCCGUAAGGAGGAGACACCCCCGCCACCAAGGGCGGGAAUGCGGUGUAGGUGUUUCCACAACCCGAGGCGGGUCACUACAGAAUCUGCACGCUCUAGGAAUGGGGGGGGGACGUCGCAGGAGUGGACGUAGUGGUGACACACUAGUGUCAGCACGCCAACGAGAGGGUGGCUCCCUCCCCACCAAUGUGAAUGUUGAUAAUGAUGCUGAUUUGGACGGUAUCAUUUGCCCCAACUACACAUCUCGUGCCACACUAGAAGUUUCCGGAUCCUGCAAGGAUGAUAAUGGAAUUGUCGAAGAUUCGAACAAUUUGGCACUUUUUCAGGGAAAUUGUGUGCCUAGUGGUACAGAGCAUCUCCAACCUGGACCAAACUAUAACACAUCCACACGCUCCUCAGGCCAAAAUCCAACCAAAGACGAUGAUAUUGACAACAAAUUUGCAUCAACGAUGAGUGUCAGCCCAUUGGAGACCGGGCCAGUAUCGUAUCCCGUCAACCCUGUCACACAACAUGUCAGUAUGUUCAACAUACCACCACCGCAAAUACAAAUCGGACCAGAUGAACACAGAAUUUGGGACAAUACAGAACACAAGAAGGUUAACGUUAACCGGAGGGGGCAUCAGAAGGCUGUGGCUCCUUCACUACCAGAUGUGGACAGCCAGGAUUCUACCGACAAAGGGGUGCUAGGCCCACCAUUCAUGGCUCACUGGAACAGAUAUAGCAGUUUUACAUUUCUCGAUUUUCGGGAUCCGAGCACCAAAAUGUCAACUUUUGGUAAAGAUGGAGAUACCAAGACCCGGUCGUGGGAUGUGGACCAAAACCAAAACAGCGUAGGCUGCUUAAGGAUGGAUUCCAACUGUAUGGACAGAAAAAAAACAAGGAGGGUCAAGACAAAAAAUGACCGAAAAUACAUUGAAAUUACGUCAGAAAAUAUCGAAGGAUUUCGUGGAGGUGCUGACAUUGACACAUUAAUGGAGUAUAUUGAAAGUCCUUCAAAUAUACUUGAUAAGGCAAGUAAAGCACGUGCCAACCAAUCAAAUGGCCCCCGAAAUCAUGUUAAAGUCCGGGCGAAAGAAGAAGACUCUAGGCCAAUUAAACGGAGAACUAAAGAGAAAUUUCAAAGGUGUAACAGCCUUGAAGAAAUAUCUAAAACUAAACUAGAGGACCUAACAGAAGAAAGUUCCAGUGAGAGAGUAAAUGGGUCACAACAGGCUCUGUCACAGGUGCAAGUCACUGUAGAUGACACUCAAAUCAAUAAAAAAUCAACUUGGGGAGAUGAGGCUGAUGUUGAAAAAAGUAGUAGUACAGUAAUGAAGCGUACUAAGGAGCUGAACAAGGAUAGGAACUCUCCUGAUGCAAUUCAGGACUCAGAAUUCCACGUUGUAACAAAAAAACAACGAAAGAAGAAACGACGCACAGGAUGCAGUGGACGAUUAGGUGGAUCCAAGCAGACUUACUACAGUGGGAGGGGAUUCCCAGCUCACGACCGCACCCUCGAACAGGGUGGAACGUCUGGACUGCUAUACCAAUACCGAAGCCGAGGAGAGAAGGACAACACUCAACCUCGGCGAAAGUCAGCAUCAUCUGUGCCACCUUCAGACAAAAGCGAUAGUUCUGACUUGGACAGUGUACACUCACUACCAGUGUCGUCUACCACCUCAAGGACAAAAGUUGGGAAGAAUUCCGUCUCUGGUGGUUCUACACCACAAGCUUCUUAUGCUGACAUUGCUAGAACAAUGGCUUCCCCUCCUGAUAUAGAUCAUGGGAAGUAUUCUCCCUACCUGCCAAGUACAGGAGCAGACCUUGAUGAGUCAUCUUGUGAUCACCCGGAACCAUCCGCUUUGUUACCUUCUAUUUUGUCUUUAAAAAAAGAUGCAAUGACUGAUACAACAUGUGAUAUUACAAAGCCUGCUCUUCACAAAGAAGAGUACCCACCGUUAGACAUUAAAAGCGCCGAUAUAUUUUUAGAUUCAUCGAUUAAACCCCGUAACACACCAACAAGAGACAAUACUGGUUUUGAGAAUCAUACCAAAACUAUUUUAUAUGUGAUACCUAUUAGUAGUGAAAGUGGAACCGGUCCACGUUCUACAUCUGUACAUACGCCCUCAGCCUGCAUUAAACCUUUCACAGAAUCAGACUGUAAGAGACCCCCGGUAAUUCUUAUGGAUGAACCUAUCGCAAAUUCACAAAUCCCAUCCGAAUUGACGUUCGGGUUUGAAGUGAAUCAACAGUUGCUUCAAUGUGAGGAAUCUACGUGUAGUUUGAAUUCAGUGUCAGCGCAACAUGCUUUCCACAAUGAUACGCAACAGACCUUCCCAGCAGACUCUUAUUGGAGAAGAGUCAUAGCCUAUCUUGCUACAGCCUGGGAAGAUACUAUGAGGGAUCUGCAGCUUGGCAGAGCCAAGUAUUAUGAUGAACACUAAUAAAAGCUCAGUGCUUAGUGAUAUGUUAAUCUUGUCGUAUUUAAUUUUUGUUAAAUUAUGUUGUUUGUUUUAUGUGGAUUCAACCACAAAUGUUUUUGCUAUAUUUUAAAUAUGGCUGUAAUGUUAAUUUAACAUGAGUCAUUAAAAUAUUUUACCAUUCAGUGCAUUUAAGUUUACAUGUAUUGAGAGACAACAGUUGAAGUGAUUUUCAUCAUUCAUCACCAUAAACAUUACUUGUAAUGCCUCCAUUCUGUGUUGUUAUGGCCCCUUUGCAUAAGUGAACAUAUUCAAAGAAUGAAUUCUAAUGCAAAGAAGAAUUUUGACACUAUGUGCAUAAAUUGUGUUUGAAUACCAAAUCCAAAUGAAAUUGAAACAGCAAUGGGUUCCGAAUUGUAAUACUUGUUUUACAAAAGUUUUUGUUUGGUACUGGUUUAUGACUUUUAAUUAUGAUAAUUUAAUAUUCAAAUGAUUAAGUAUAGCAAAUAUGUAGACAACAUGAUACUAGCUCCUUUACAUUAUUAGAAGUAUUUGUAUCAACUGUGUUAAUUCUCACCUGGCCAGCCUGUUUGGCUGUAAAUGAAGUGAAUUUCUUUUAUUCGUUGAUUAAUAUUUGUAAUUCAUUGAACAUCCCACCAAAAUUUAAAGCAGAGGACUAAGCACGAAUAUUUUCCAAAAAUUAAUACCUAGUUCUUUUAUAAUUUUAUAUUUAUGUAAUAAACAAAUACAAGUGCUGAUAAUACUACAUAACAGUACUAUACUUAUACAGUAUAAUAAUUGUGUCUAUGUUGCCUACAUAAUUGUUAAAACUACAGUUUUGUUCAUAUGUUGUUUUGAAAUUAGUUUUACAUGCAUUUUUAAGUAUUAUCUAGCAAUAAUCUUUUUCAGGGGGUUUUAAAAAGCAUAAGAUUUUUAAAUUUUCAUGCAAACUGUGUUUUCAUUAAGUUAAACUUGCUUUUACUUGUUUAAUUUAAAAUUUAAUCUGUUUGAUUGUGGUGUAACUUUUAAGUUUCAGCUUCUUAUGUAUUUUAUAAAAUACACCAUGUUGUCUAAGUUUUUUCAGCAUUUUGAAUUCCAGUUUUUUAUAAUUUCUGUAUUUAAUUGAAGCUUAUUUAAUGAAACUGAUUUGUAUGGUCAAACACCCAGUUUUAAGUACUUGAUAUUUUUCAAUAUUUGUUUACAUUAAAUAAUCAAAACAUUAAAAGUUACUUAAAAGUAGUAAAAUCGUUCGCACUGGAAGAGAUUUGUAUUUAUAAUAAAAUUGUUAUUUCUUUAUUACA